CACUAUUCUUUAUCCUUUUACCUCUCGGCUCAAUCAGUCUUUCAAAAUCCUGUUCUGCUGCCUGUGUCUUCUGCGAGAAAUGGCUGAUGAGCUAUCACAGUUCAUACCUAGUCUAGAUGAAAAAGGUACCCCGCUUCAGCCAUUAGUCGCGGUGAUAGACGCAGGCACAAAAACAAUUCGUUUUGCUAUCCUUUCUCCAAAAACAAAGGAAGAAAUUGUACAUUAUCAAACAGACAUUACUAUUAUAAGCCCACAGGAAGGUUGGUUCGAGCAAGAUCCUUUAGCUAUAAUAACCACCAUCAAGGAAUGUUUAAGGAAUGCUAUUAGUAAACUAAAACAAACAUCUACAUAUACAUUGGAACAAAUAGUAACAUUAGGUAUUACAAAUCAAAGAGAAACAACUAUCGUUUGGGAUAAAUUUACAGGAGAACCAUUAUACAAUGCUAUUAUGUGGUAUGACAUCCGGACAGGCGGAAUCGUUGAUACCAUUCUAGCUCAGCACCCAGCCCAAAACAAGGAAUACCUUAAACCGAUAUGCGGUUUGCCUAUUUCCACUUAUUUUUCAGCAGUCAAACUCUACUGGCUUAUGGAAAAUGUUGCAGCCGUUAAGAAAGCAGUAAGCGAAGAUAGGUGUUACUUUGGAACAGUUGAUACAUGGAUUGUUUGGAAUUUGACAGGUGGCCCAAAUGGAGGCCUGCACAUCACCGAUGUUACAAACGCCUCAAGAACAAUGCUAAUGAAUAUAGACACCCUUGAGUGGGAUGAUACACUGUGCAGGCUAUUCAAAGUGCCAAAAAGUAUGCUGCCUCAGAUACGAAGUUCUUCAGAGAUAUAUGGUCAUAUUAAGCUAAAUGGACUUCUUGAUGGCAUACCUAUCUCAAGUAUAUUGGGAAACCAACAAGCUGCUUUGGUUGGUCAAGGCUGUUUAAAAGAAGGCAUGGCCAAAACUACAUACAGAGGGGGUUGUUUUCUUUUAUAUAAUACAGGUGAAAACAGAGUUUAUUCUGAACAUGGAUUGCUAACCACAGUCAGUUAUAAAAUGGGCCCAGAUGCACCAACAAUUUACGCUCUCGAAGGAUCAGUUGCUAUAGCUGGCAAUUCCAUUAAAUGGCUUCGAGACAAGUUGAAUGUUUUAAAUGACCUAUCUGAAACAGAGCAGAUAGCGGAAGAAGUGAUGACGACUGGUGAUGUUUAUUUUGUUCCUGCUUUCAAUGGCCUCUAUGCACCAUACUGGCGAAAGGAUGCACGAGGGAUUUUAUGUGGUUUGACUCAGUUUACAAAAAAAGCCCAUUUGAUAAGAGCUGCGCUGGAGGCUGUUUGCUUUCAGACAAGGGAUAUAUUGGAAGCCAUGCAUAAAGAUUGUGGUGUGCCUUUGUCGAAAGUCAGAGUUGACGGGAAAAUGACUGCAAAUAGUCUUUUGUUGCAAUUGCAAGCAGAUUUAUGUGGCAUUCCUAUCGUCAGAGCACCACAUUUUGCUGAUGUUAACACAUUAGGAUGUGCGAUGGCUGCUGGCUGGGCACAAGGGAUCAACUGUUGGAGUAGAGAUUCAUCUUCUCUCGCCGAAGAUAAAGGAACGACAUUUUGGCCAAAAACAGACACUCAUGACAGAAAUAUGAGAUAUACAAAAUGGAAGAUGGCAGUUCAGAGAAGUUUAGGAUGGGCCGUUACAAAGAGAGACUAUCCCAUGACAGGUAAAAUAAAACAUGCAAGGCAUCAGUCUUUUAAUAAUACCUCUACUAUUACAUAUCAGUAACAAUUUGUUUAUAUUUGUUUUAAUAAAUUUGAGAACAACACUUAAAUCUUAUUUCUUCUAAAUGUGUAAAUAAACGAUAACUAUCAAGUGUAGUGCGAAGUUUUUAUAAUUUAAUAAAUAGAAUAAUUUAUUAUUGCAAUGCAUAUUUAUUAUUACAAUAAUUUAAAAUUGAAAGAGGUGGGGUAAAAAGUCAACCUUAAUUCCUUCCUAUAAUCCUUAAAUACAAUAAGAGAACUAUUGUAGUGCAAACUGCAGAUAUUAUAGAGUAAAAAUGGGCUAUAAAGUCAACCUAAACUCUUUUACUAUUUAUAUAAGACAAAAAUAAUACCUAUUGUGUUUAAUUAGUAUUCUGUUAGAGAUUUGCUUACUUCAUAAUUGAGAAUAUGUGUAUUAAUGGUUGUACAUUGCGCUGUGUAAUAAAAUGUUUGUGCAGAUACUUGUGAAAAAUCUUACAUAAUUUUUAAUGACAGAACAUACUCUUAGCAUAGGUAAGAAAUUCUCCUGAAAAUUUGUAUCCAAUGUUGGUAUUAUUAAAAUUGAAAUUUACAGCCAAAA